AUGAAGAUGUCUCAAGGAAAAGAAAGGAAAAACUUAAACUUCUCCUCUCAAUAAUGCAAUAACAAUUUAAAUUAUAUUCCUGCAUCAUACUCUUCUCGUUAUCCAUAGCCCUAAAGAAAACUAAAUGGCAAAGAUAUAUGCUUCGACAAUGAUUCAAUGCUCAGUUCAAAUAUGAUAGCCUAAACUCCCUAGUUUUCUGAAUCUCAAGAAGAGAUCUGUGAUAUGUUUUUUAACUAAAAGGCCUAUCUAUAAAAUUAAGACAAGAAUAAUUCGAAUGAGGAGCAGAGCUCAAAUAUGAUUCCAUGCAAUAAUUAGGAUGUAUAUUAUGAUAUUGACGAAGCCAAUCAAAAUUACGAAGAAGAAUAUCCUAACUAGCAAGAAAUUUAUGAAAAUGAUCCAUAUUAAAUUUAAAUUUAAGGGUCUAACUAAAGCUACGAGAAUAAGAAAAUUGGCAAAUCUUACCAAAAUUAUAAUUUCUCUAAUUGUGUUUAAAUACCAAGCUCUAUAAAUAGUCAGAAUCAAAGCAAUUCUUAGAAUGGAUUAUAGUAAUAGCAAAUCAAUUAAUCUCCCUGCUUAAGCUGUUCAGCUUCUCAGUAAAACAAUUAAAAAAUGUGCUAAUAAUGCAUUAAUGUACUUCCAUAACAAAGUUCCUCUAUCCCUAAAAAGUCUGAAAUCUAGAACAAGUACAUUUCGUCACCUGUAAUCAGGGUUGAAUAAUAAAAUAUAUAGCCAGCUUAAUAAAACUAGAUGCAGAAUUCACCUAGCAACUCUUAAAAUCCUAUCAUGUAAAAAGAAUUAAAAAAUGAAGUCUAGAAAAUGUUGAAUGCUCCUCAGCUGUAAGAUCAAAGUAGCAUUAACAGACAAAAGAGUCAAAAGAAACAACCCAUCGAUAAUGGAAUCAUUGAUGACUAUGAAAGCAUUGCUGAAGAAUAUGAACAAAAUUCUUAAAAUAGAGGACAAUAUUCUUUAGAAAAUAGCAACUACUAUUCUUCAGACUAAUCUGACAGCAAUAUGAAUAAUUCAAGCAAGCAUGCUAGUUGCAGCUAUUAUAACUCUGAGGAACAAUACUUCUCUGGUAGUUAGUAUAACCAUGCUAACAACGACGAAGUAGUUGCUGAUAAAAAGCCGAGAUCUAGGAGAAGUCAAAAUGAAUCCUUAAAAGACGCUAGCAGCGCCUUAAACUCCAAGAAGGCUAUUAAGAAAUACAAACCUAAGAAGAAAUACAAAUAAUCUCGUCAAAAAAAUGUAUUCAAAAAUUUUGGAAAUGCUCUCAUGAACUGCAUUUAGAAUAACUUUGUCAUCCGUGACUUUAUAGAAAAGCGUCUUGGUAAUGAUUCCAACUCUAUAGAGGCUUUCCACAACUCCUUUUUAAAGGACUAGCUAAAUCAUUUAAAGAACAAAGAAGAUUUCCUAUAAGGUUGGAGAGUCCAAGAAUCACAAGAUGACUAACAAAUGAUAUUAUUUAAAUAAGUUUUCAAAGAGGUCUCCCUCAAAUUCUUUAAUGAAUAUGCAGCUAAAUAUGUAAAUGAAAGUGACAAACUCAAAAAUAAAGAUAUCCAUAUAAAGGCCAUUCCAAUAUUCAUAAAAGGAUUAUAAAAUGUUAAUGAGCUCUACAAAUUUAAACUUUCUUGA